GAACUGGCGGGCUGGCGGGCGGGCUGGCUGGCAGGUACCACGGGCGCAACCAUCGAUGCCAUCGAAGCAGCGAGCGGUACGGAAUACAGGCCUGGAGACCGAGGUACCCAGGUAUCUGGGUACCUAGAUGGUGGUGUACAGGACAUUCGAAUUGGAGCCUAGGAUUCGCUGCUAAUCAAAUGAAAUCCGACGCUGCCAGGCACAAUCCGGUCUAGCCAGGGGGGUUACAAGCAGCCAUCACGGCCAAAGAGGGAGGAGCCAGUCCAACAGUAAAAGCACUCUUCAAGCAACCAGCUCACCAUCUCCGUCUGGCUGCAUCUGUGGUGGUGGUCUUUUUUUUUUUAAUUGCGGAAACUUCUGCAAGUCCGUCCUUGUCCUUAUCGAUCCUCAAAUCGUUCAGUCCGGGCUAGGGAGACACCUCUUUUUUCCCCCUCUUCCGCUUUCUUCAGACUCUUCUCGACGCUCCUUUUGCCCCCCCCCUCUUUGUUCAUGCCUUGUACGCAUAGGUAGUAGCUGAUGCGUGGAAUAUCUCUCGACCGCUCACUCGCUUAAACCCAACCCUGGCCACUUCUCCUUUGCUGUACUCGGUGUUGCGCUUGUGCUCUGCUCGUCCCUCAGCACGAGCUCCCGAGACAAGCCACGCUCUCGCCCUCGCCCUCGCACACGAGCCGCCGCGUCUGCUUCGUCUCUUUUCGAGCUCGAGCUCGACAUCGACUCCUCCUAGACGCGCCGCCGCCAGUCGCCAGUCGCCAAUCGCUGUCGCCUGCCGCCAGUCCGAUUCGACCAAGAUCGAGUCAAGCAGAUGCAUAUGACAGUGCAACGGCCACUCUCACCUGCCCGCCUAGUCAUAAUAAUUCGAAUCCAUACCGACUUUCGAUAAGCCCCCUAAAGAUUCCCGACCUCUUUCUUGCCCACGACCUUGCCUUCACAACGACCUGGGCCCCACACUGCAACCGAUUCGCUUCUGGUAGCAGCUUGGUCGCUGCCGCCGCCGCCUCCAUCUGCGUCUUGCACGAGCUCCGAGGUCAGCGACCCGCCACCCGCGAGGAUUCGAGCACAGUCAAAUCAUCCGAUAUCCAUUGUGCGCCCCGACGGCCAGGGGAACUCCGUCCACUCCAAAAGUGCGCCUGGACUCGUCGUGUCAGCGUGGUCUAUCCAACGGGGAAACCUACGGCCAAGCAUCCAAAAGUUGGCACGCCAGGAGCGAAUGUUGUUUUUGGUCGCUCGACCUCGACUCAGUCAACAUCUGGCCUCGCUUCAGCCCUAUUUAACCUUUAAGCCCGCAACAUCCACCCCCCGUGUUGCAUUGCCAACCUUUGUCACAGCGGCGAAACGGCGGCUCUGUUUUUGACUUUGGCGUCGACAACGUCCCCCACACACCUAAUCCAGCAUCGCACCAUCAGGCCAAGACGGACGAGGCUGCUGCUAGGACGGCCAACUUAAAAUCCCCCGUGAUCGCCUUUGUUAACCUCGAGCGGGCACAGACGGCCAACUAUCUUACCGCCCGGUCACGCCUUGGGCUGCAGCCACCGACCCCAUCCCUCCCGCUCCGAGACAGAUCUCCCUAAUUGGGGCGUUGCAUCCUUGCCCGGCCGGGUUGACGUUUCGGAUUCCUGCUUAAACAGUCACCCAGCCUCAGCUGCCUGCCCACUUUUGCGACGCGGGCAACGGGGUGAAUCGGAGCGCGGCUUCGUCCCGCAUUCUGCAUUCCUACACCACACUAUACACCACAGCUGACGGCAACGGCGACCAUCGCCGUCUGCGAAUGUGCAGCCCAAGUGGCCUUCCCCCCUUCCAAAAGACCGUCAACCCCAUACUGUUUGCAAUCGUUUUGGCCGCAGGGGACUGAACCACCUGGUGCACCCACCCCGGCCGGCCUGAGACCUAGAGACCAGACUCUUUUCGACCGAGCCACCGCCUGACGAACUAUGCUUGCUGCUCGCGCCAACCCCCCAUUAUCCCCGGUGUCUACAGCAGGUACAAUCUGGCCGACUGGAACAGAAAUGAACAACGAUGGUCCUUACCCAAACGCACCUCGAGGUCCCAACCCACUCCUAGAGCAGGGUCAACUAGCAUCACCACCAUAUUCCGGAGGAGGGGGACCAAACGGCCCAAUGAACGGUGGUUUCCCACCAGGUCCAAGGAGUGCCGGCGGGCCCUCGCCGCCACCUUCUGUCGGUCGAUCGAGCACAGCUACUGAUCUCUACGCGAGAAGCGAAAGCGGCCGCAGCGGGCGAGAGGUGAACGUUGAAGCAGUAUUAGGGGAACACUACGUGGCAUUGAAGCGCUAUCUAUCGCAGACGUCGCGCGACGGCAAGCCAAAUCCUCCUGCGAACAAGGCUCGCGACAAGCUGCAGCGGCUUACCGGGGUUCAAUUUCUCGAACUCAGUACCGAUGUGUUCGACGAGUUGCUGCGACGGCAGGCCUUCAGCCGUCGGCCUCCAAAUGCACCACCCAAUGUCGGCCCACCACCCUACCUGAUCCCAGAGGACACCUUCCACCCGAAGCGAAACCAGGCCCGGCAGAAGCUCUCCUCGCUCGGCCCUCCUCGCUUCCGCGAUCUCGCCACAGAUGUCUUCUGCGAACUGGAGCGAAGAUACCCGCGCUUCGUGGCCGGCGACAUCCCGCGAUUGUCGAGUCCAGUCUCGACAAGAGCUCCUAGUAGAGCUGGGACUCCGAUGGGCGGGUAUCCCCCACGCGGCAUGGGGAGAAGACAGCCUAGCAAUGCUAGUUCCAUACGCGGGGCUGGAUCCAUCGUUGAUGGGUACGAUAUCCCCCCUUCCCCCAGCAUGCCCUCUAAUGGCUACGAUCGCCCAACCCCGAAACAAUUUCAGAGCAAUACGAUAAUACCGAACAAGAGCACCAUGCUCGAGGAGGACGAUGAAGGACCUGAAGACGAUCAAGCACAGGACGCUUACGCACUCGGUGGAAGAGACCAGAGCGAUGUUCCGUCAGAAAAUGACAAACGAAUCAUGGACGACUACGAGAUACAAUUACGAGAGCUACGUGAAAAGCUGGAUAACAUGGAAGACCAGUUAAGAAAAAAAGAUGAAGCGAUGAACGAGAUACUUGACGGCGAGCGGUCGAGAUCCACUGCGGCUAAUGCUGAGAAGACGGAGCUGUCGAACAUGCGUUUAGGACUGGAAAGUCAGCUUGCAGACGCCCAGAACCUGAACGACUCUUUAAAGGAGCAGAUCGACCGUCUUAGGGAGGAGCAUUCCAACGAGACCCGACAACUUCGCGACGAAAUCGAGGAGGCCCGAUCCUCCGUCUCAGAGAUUGGUUCUGGUCGGAACGAUCCCGAGCUGGUACGAGAGAAUGAAGAACUGCGAUCAGCGCUUGAGGAGCAGCGGCAAACGACCAUGCAAGUCAGGCGGGAAGCCCAGGAGUUUCUGCGGGAGAUGAAGAUGCUGUCCGCGCAGAGCGGCUCUUCUUGGGCCAAGCAAGGUGAACUCGAGAAGACGAUCGAGACCCUGGAGCUGGAAGUCAAGGACUGGCGCAACCGUUAUGCCAGGGCAAGGACCCAGUUGCGCAGCAUGCGAUCUUCGUCCAUGAGCAUGCCUGUCGAUCAAGACGCUGGCCGAUACGUCCGUGAAAAGGGCUUUACUGAUGAAUCUGGACUUGUUAAGGACGUCCACGUCACCAAGUUCCAGGUUGCCAUCGACGAGUUGCUCAGGCGUGCCCGUGUGGAAGAGCCAGAUAAGGUCAUCGAUUCCAUGAAAUCCGUUGUUAUGAGCGUGCGGCGCAUCACUAAGGAUAUCGACGCCUCGCCAUCAAACAACGACCAAUCGCAACAACAGCGGAAGCAGCUCAAGAGCCGCGUCUCUUCGAUGGCGAACAACUUAAUCACUGCUGCCAAGACUUUUGCGACAUCAGCUGGCAUGUCACCUAUAUCCGUUCUUGACGCCGCGGCUUCAAACCUCGUUGGCGCAAUAGUCGACCUGCUGCGCGCUGUCAAGAUCCGGGUCACUCCCGACGGAGAGCUCGAGGAGGAGGAUGAUGGCACAGCGACCCCGGUAGGCUCUGUCGGCGUCUUCUCCCCUCGAACGGCCAAGUCGCAAUCCAUACAGAGCGCCUACCAGCAAGAUCCCUACCCACAGGAACUGCCCCCUCCACCCCCUUUCCAGGGCCUCGGGAGGAGAUCCAGCAUGGACUCAUCUGCGUACAGCCCAGUGAACUCACCGCGCGAAUCGGUCGAAACGUACAAUAAGUCGAAUGGGAAUGGGUUCCCGCCCGCGUCGAACGGGUACGGUAUGCGCCGGGUUGACUCCAGGACCGAGGAUCUGAAGGUAUAUCUUGAUGACCAGACUGCCAUCUUGGUGCAGACCAUCCAAAGCCUCGUCGGUUUGAUUCGAGGCGCCGCUGACAUUAGCCGAAUUGAACCCCUGAUUCGCUCCAUUGUUGAGACCGUGGGCAAGGUCAUCUCCGAGACUGAGGCAUCUGGCAACGGCGACAUGAUCGGACGUCUCGCCGAUUCCCAGCAGCGUCUGAUGGAGGCUGGCGAGCGCGGCCAGGACCUGGCUGCUGAUGGCAAGGAUGAGCGCGACCGCGAGUGGCGCAUGUGGACACAGACGCUGCCGCCCAUCGCGUUUGAGAUCGCCCGCGAGACCAAGGAGCUUGUCCAACGCAUCGGCCAGUUGGGUUCGGCAGACGAAGACUUCUCUUAGUAUUGGAACUGCGAUGUUUAGUGAGACAAGCGUUAGCUCCGGUGGGCACUGGGCCUACGUUGCCCAGCUUCGUCACUUGAUCCACGGAGCUCAACGUCAGCAUGUUUUGUGCGCUUUGAUACCCGGCUCUCCAUUUCCUCGCUCCUGCUUUCAACUGAGCCUCCCACCAACAUGAGCAUCUCGGCUCAUGGCGUUGCCAGACCGGAGGAGCGCGAGGCUUUCAGUUAAUAACUUCACUGUUUUCAUCAUAAUGUGGCACGGCUGUGGCGUUCUCUCCAGAUUACGCUCUGGCACCUUCAGGACGCUUUGUCCUUGAGGAAUGGUUCCUAUGAGUUCACGGAACAUUGUACUACCUGACACUCGAUCACUGUACAUAUAUAUGCCACCAUGGGGGAACAGGGGAGAUGUUUUAUAGAUGGGCAUGUAAAUACGUAUUUUCUUUUUCUACUCAAGACAGAUCCGGAUGAUGGUCGGUCAAAGAGGGGGGCGGGUGCAAGACGACGAGGAAACGCAGCUGAUUGUUCGUAGUUGUCUUCCGCAGGCAAUAUUAAGAAGCUUUUACCUCAGUGUCUCUAUGGAAGAUGCCUGUGAUGACCGAUCAGUGGAUGACUGACUGAUGGGUGCUCUG